GACGGCUUUAGACUGGACCAAUGAGCGCGCGCGGCUCGCCUCCAUGUUGAGCGCGAGCAGGGCGUGAUUUACUAUUUAAACCCGCCGUCCUCCGCGGAUUAAAGCACAGCUCCGCCAACACGACUUUCCGUGAAGGACUCACAGCGACGCCCGUGCCAGAUCAUCCAAAAUGAGCGACAACCCCGUCAAGCAGGAGGUCCAGAACUUCGACAAGAAGUGUCUGAAGAAGACGAACACGGCGGAGAAGAACACCCUUCCGACCCAGCAGGACAUUGAGCAAGAGAAGAAGGCUGCGGAGGCCGCCAAAUGAGACCCACCCUCCGCGGCACCUCGCAUCCCUCUCUCCCCUUCCCCCUUUUCUCUACCCUCCUCCAUUUUAAGAGAAUUUCACUUGAUCACCACCUUUACCUUCUGCGUUUCUGAAGCCCGCGGUCUCCCGCGACGCCGCGGCCGAGGAGCGACCCACCAAAGGGGCGGACGAGAGCAGUCGUAAAGCCAUGUAUAAUUGCAGCUACGGAUAUCAUGAAACUUUGUAUCUUAAACCCUUGAGAGUGGAGAAAGACGACAUGGGGCAGUCGAGCAGUCGAGUGUCUCCCGCCGACUGCACCCAUGCCAGUCUCUGUAUCGGGUACCAUUCUGGAUGAGUUACUCUAUAAAUGAUCUGUAAAAUGAUAUUUUUGUUUAAAAAAAAAAAUAAACAAGGUUUUAAAACGA